CUUUGACACCCCAAACAACAGAGAGAAAGAAAAGAAAAUAAGGAAAAGGAUUAGGAAAAGAUGUCGUCUUGACAGGCAGCAGCAGGCAGGCAGAAAAGGGACAGAAUCUACUUUAGAGUUGAAGGUGAAGGUUUGAUUAAGUUUGAGGGGAUUCAAGCAUUCAACACUGCAAGUCUUGAAGUGAUAAGAGUAACAUAUUAGCAGAGAGCAUGCAGGGAAGUUACAGGCGUUUGGCUGAAUCGUUUCGGCAUCAAUGCAAUUGGAAUAAGCCUCACACAAGAUACACGUUCGCCUUUUUCACCUGCCUUCUGGUGGUUGGCGCAUAUUUAUCCACCUCGAUUCUUGACAUAUCUGUUUCUGUAAACAAAGAGUUGCCAACAAAAAUAAUAGAAAUCCCACUUGACUGUUCUUCCACUAAUCAGACAAAAACAUGCCCGGCAAAUUAUUAUCCAUCAGCUUUACCAACAAUCAGACCACGAAGUUCAUCAAUUCUUCUGUCCUGCCCUCAUUACUUCCAUUGGAUCCAUGAAGAUUUACGACCCUGGAAAGACACAGGCAUAACUGAGGAAAUGGUUGUGAGAGCUAAUAGAACUGCAAAUUUCAGGUUAGUGAUCUUGAAUGGGAGGGCUUAUUUGGAGACUUAUGUGAAGUCGUUCCAAACAAGAGACGUUUUCACAUUAUGGGGCAUUCUGCAGCUACUAAGACGGUACCCCGGUAAGGUGCCUGAUUUGGAUUUGAUGUUUGACUGUGUGGACUGGCCUGUGAUCAAGUCGAGUGACUAUCAGGGGCUGAAUGCACUAAAGCCACCACCGUUGUUCCGUUAUUGUGGGAAUAAUCAAACAUUUGAUAUUGCUUUCCCGGACUGGUCUUUCUGGGGUUGGCCUGAGACCAACAUAAAGCCAUGGGAACAAUUAAUGGGCGACCUAAACGAAGGGAACAAGAAGCUAAGAUGGAUGGACAGGGAACCUUACGCUUUCUGGAAAGGUAAUCCUAAAGUGGCUGAGAAAAGAGUGGAUCUUCUCAAGUGUAAUGUAUCUGAAAAACAAGAUUGGAAUGCUCGAGUUUACAAGCAGGAUUGGGACAAAGAGAUAGAGGAAGGUUUUAAACAAUCAGACUUGGCAAAGCAAUGUACCCAUAGAUACAAAAUUUACAUCGAAGGAUCUGCAUGGUCCGUCAGUGAGAAAUACAUUCUUGCCUGUGACUCCGUCACGCUGUUGGUAACACCAGACUACUAUGAUUUCUUUACAAGAAGUUUGGUGCCGAUGCAGCAUUACUGGCCGAUAAAGGCAGAAGAUAAAUGUCGAUCAAUUAAAUUUGCUGUUGAUUGGGGCAACAACCACAAAGAAAAGGCUCAAGAACUAGGAACGGCAGCGAGCAGCUUCGUCCAAAAUGAUCUGAAGAUGGAUUUCGUUUACGAUUACAUGUUCCAUCUCUUAAGUGAAUACUCAAAGCUAUUGAGAUACAAGCCUAAAAUACCUCCGAAAGCAGUAGAGCUCUGUUCGGAGGCGAUGGCUUGCCAUGCACAAGGAUUGGAGAAAACAUUCAUGCUCGAUUCCAUGGUGAAGAGUCCAAAAGAAUCGAGCCCGUGCUCGAUGCCUUCUCCCUUGGAACCUUCUGCUCUUAAGCAACUUAUUGAGAGAAAACAGGCUUCAAUAAAGCAAGUUGAGUUGGGGGAACAGAAGUACUGGGAGAAGGUUCAGGAUCAGCAGAGAUAGAAGGUUUUGUAGAAAGGCUUAAAUAUAUUUCUUGGUUUGGUUAGUUGGCAAUGCACUUUGACAUUUUUAUUUAAAGUUGCAAAAUAGUUUUAUAACUUUUUUAUAUUUCGUGAUUUUAGUUCUUUCGUUACCAAAUUCUGCAAAAGUUGUCGGAAUAAAUCACAUUAUCCUUGCGAUUUUA